AUGGUAGCGGCAGCGGCAGCGAUUGCUGUCCCGGUCGUUCCUGUUGCCAAGGUUGCCUACGCCGAACAAGAAGCUCCCGCUCACUAUGAAUUCCAAUACUCAGUGCACGAUCAGCAAAGCGGAGACGUGAAACAGCAGCAGGAGUCUCGCGCUGGAGACGUCGUACACGGCUCCUACUCGCUGGUGCAACCCGAUGGCGUGCACCGCAUCGUCGAGUACACCGCUGACAAGGAGAACGGAUUCAACGCCAACGUGCGUUAUGAAGGACAACCGAUUCCCGCUCCUGCUCCAGCCAAGAUCGCGUACGCCGCUCCCGCUAAAAUCGCGUACUCUGCACCCAUCGCCAAGGUAGCCUACUCUGCUCCCGUUGCCUACGCUGCUCCCGUCGUUAAGGCCUACUCAACCCCCUUCGCCUAUACUGCUCCCGUUACUAAAGUCGCCUAUGCUGCCCCAGUCGCCAAGUUCACCUAUGCAGCUCCUGUCGCCAAAGUAGCUUACGCACCAGCUCCAGCUGCUAAGGUGGCAUACGCAGGCUCUCUCGGCCACGUCACCUUCUCCUCACCUGCCGUCUCCUACAGCCACUAG